AUGAUUAUCCCAGUGGCAGCAACAUCAUCCUCUGUCUGCAAACAAGAAUUGCCUCUAAUAAAUUUCCAAAAGGGACUGACCAAGAUGGAGUCAUUAUUUCACAAUAGAAACAAAGAUAAGGUGGUAGUGAUAAUGGGGGCCACAGGUACUGGAAAGACCAAAUUAGCCAUAGAUUUGGCCAAACAUUUUCAACCAUCUGAAAUUGUUAAUUCAGAUAAAAUACAAGUUUAUAAAGGUCUUGACAUAACAACAAAUAAGGUAACAGAACAAGAAUGUGAUGGGGUCCCACAUCAUCUCUUAGGUUUAUUUGAUCCUACAACAAAUUUCACUGCCAAUGAUUUUUGUUACCAUGCUUGUUCAGCUAUUGAUUCAAUUGUGCAAAAAGAUGGGUUGCCUAUUAUUGCUGGUGGCUCAAAUUCUUAUUUAGAUGCCUUGGUGAAUCAUUGUAGUGAAUUUAGGUUAAGGUAUGAGUGUUGUUUUCUUUGGGUUGAUGUUGCACUUCCGGUUCUUCACUCUUCGCUUCAAUCGCGCGUGGAUCGCAUGAUUGAAGCUGGUCAGGUAGAUGAAGUUCGUGAAUUUUUUGAUCCGUUGGGCGAUUAUACUAAAGGGAUUCGAAGAGCUAUUGGAGUGCCUGAAUUUCAUGAUUUUCUUAUGGCGGAAGCAAAUUCAGCGAAUGAGAGAAUUAAAAUGAGGCUUCUUGAAGAUGCUAUUAUUAGGGUUAAGAUUAAUAAUUGUACUCUUGCAAAUCGACAACGAGAAAAGAUUCAACGGUUAAACGGAAUGUGGAAAAGGAGCAUGCAUCGUCUUGAUGCUACUGAAACGGUUAUUAGAAGUGGAACACGUGCUCGUAAGGAAGCAUGGGAUGAUCACGUACUCUCAAAGAGUCUUGUGAUCCUCUACAACUUUCUUUACAGUGAAACUCGUGUUCGCUCAAGAAAUGUAUCACCAAAAAAUAUAAUUGACACCCUUUCUGGAUCACAGCCAGCACUAGCAUUAUCAGUUGUUGCGGCGGCAACCCACUAA